AACACAACCAAACACAACCAAACAUACCAACUUAUUACAAGCUCAUCAACAGACGACGACGACCGACGGGAGGGAGCCGCAAGACCAAGCACGCACUUGCAGGGAGCUGUUGCUGUGUUUAUUGUGAACCGAAGGAGAGCGAAAGUGUCGCAGUGCCAGUAUGUCUUCCGCCGUGAACGCUGUCGCCAUUGUCUGCGCGUGCGCAGCAUUCCUGUUUGCGACAACAACACCUACUGCUGAGGGCGCAGGGGGGCCCGCGCCCGACCAAGCUGUUGAGCUUACGGAUGGCGACAUUCAAGGCGGGUACAUCGAGUCUCCGUUUGAGGUUGAGUUCUGGUCCAUUGCCGUAUGCGCCAAGGGCCAAGUUGAAGUCACGGUCACCUCACUGGAUGGCAACGCGAACGCGCAGCUCUACGACAACGCCGACGUCCUACAAGGCUUCAGCUACGAAGGCGAAGGUGUUGAGGACAUCAUCACCUACGGCAACAGCGAUUCUAGUGACACCACCAUCAGCAUCGCCGUGCUGGCCCCAUCCGGCAAUGCACGAUACCGCAUUCGCGUGGCCCUUGUCGGCUGUCCGCUUGCCAGCGCGACUUCAACCACGGUCAAUCCAGGCGCAUUGAAUGGAACAGACACGGAAGGCUCCAGCGCUUGCGCCGUUGAUCCGAACAAGGACCUGUACAUCGUCAUUGGCGCGGUCCUUGCGUUCCUCACACUUGUGCAGAGCAUUGUGGUGACCGUGCUGUGCAAGCGCCGCAACAGCUCAGACUCGACUGUUUUCCCGAGCCUGAACGGCAUGAAGGACGCUGUUGGCGCGAACAUCAUGGAGGUGACACAAGAGGCGCGAUCCGCGCUUGCGGAAGGGGUUGACACGCUUAGUGUUGAGCUCGAGCAUUGCAUUCGCAAGGCGGCCAAGCUGGCCAUGCACGACGUCGAGGACGCCGUCGCCGGCGUGUCCUCGACCCUCACCGGCUCCUUGCGCACAGCAGGGCAGGAUAUGGCCGAGGAAGUGCAGCGGCAAAUCAACCACGCACGCGACACGCUUGACACCAACGUCCGAGAAGCGGCCAGCAGUGCCGCAACGGCUGCAUUGUCGUCAUUUGAGGACGUGCGUUCUGGAUUUGAGGCAAACAUCCGCGCAGCUGUCGCCGACUCCAGGAAGAGCAUGGAGGCGCACAUCCUCGCCCUCGGCAGCACCCUCAAGGAGGAGCUGCGUGACGCCGCACAGGACAACGCGGACAUCGACAGGCACGUGGCGCGCAUCACAACAGCCAUCACGCGUGCACGGGAGGACAUGGGUGUGCAGCUGCAGAGCUCGGCCGAGUCGACGCUGGCUAAAGCAACGCUCAAGCUGGCGGAGGCGAAAGGCGACGUUGAUGCGCAGUUGCGACGCGGGGUGAGCACUGCGCUGGGGGAGGUCGACGCCAUUCUCCGCAACACGAAGACCGACUUCACCCAGCUCGUACACAGCACAGUUGGGGAUGCGAUGGACAGCUUGGGGGAGGUUGUCGCGAUUGGGGAAGGGUUGGAAGCAUCGCUGCGGGCCGCAACAGAAAGCGCUCUCUCGACGGUGGAGGAGCACAUCCAAGCUGCACGUGAGAUGCUGUUGGAGGGUGUGGAGCAAGUCAAGUCCAGGGUGGCAGAGGAGAUUGAGGGCUUCACCGACCGCCUGCCCUCAGCAGCUACAAGCGUGCUACGCUCAGUUGUGACAGGGUUUGGCAGUGAUUCUGACACAGAUGAUGAGGAAGUGCCGUUGGUCAACCAGCCGCGUGCCCACAAUGGCAGCGGCGACACAGGGGCCCUUGACAGCAACAGCAACAGCAACAGCAACAGCAACAGCAACAGAUAUAGUAACAGCACGGGCACUGACGACGUUGCAGCUGCUACGAGCAUGACAGCAUUCAGUGAGAAUGCACUUGUUGAAGAGACCGCCCUCUCCCUACCCAACUCAGUCCCCUGAAGGUGAUAACAAUUGCAGCAAGUGCGCAUGAGAUGAAUUCUUUAUUGUUGCUUCGUCAAAGGUUCGAAUGGUGCAUUUAUCGUGUGGCAUGAUGUCAUGUCACUCGUCCAAAUCGAGUUUCCUUGUGUGUGUGUGAGUGUGUUUUGCCUUUUUGCAUGAGGAUGGGCCCACAAGUUGAGAUACUUGCGUGCUUGGUUGCAAGCUCAGCUAGUUUGGCGUCGCGGUGGAUGCGUGCAUUGCCCCCUGAGAGUUGUUUGACUGUCAUCGGAGUGCAACGACCAUGUAUGGGAGUAUGGGCAUGUAAGCGCUUAUAAAAUUUUGUACUUGA